GAGCGGGGGGAGGUGGCGGCUGGGCGCAUGCGCGGAGAGCUGAGGGGCGGGGACACGGCUUCCGCCUGGCGUGACCAACUUUGGGCACCAUGCAGGACCCUAAUGCAGACACUGAGUGGAAUGACAUCUUACGCAAAAAGGGCAUCUUGCCCUCAAAGGAAAGUUUGAAAGAUUUGGAAAAGGAGGCAGAAGAAGAAGAACAGCGAGUCCUUCAGCAGUCAGUUGUGAAAACGUAUGAAGAUAUGACUUUGGAAGAGCUGGAGGAUAAUGAAGACGAAUUUAAUGAGGAAGAUGAACGUGCUAUUGAAAUGUACAGGCAGCAAAGGCUGGCUGAGUGGAAAGCAACACAACUGAAGAAUAAAUUUGGAGAGGUUUUGGAGAUCUCAGGAAAGGAUUAUGUUCAAGAAGUUACCAAAGCCGGUGAGGGCUUGUGGGUAAUCUUGCACCUUUACAAACAAGGGAUUCCCCUCUGUGCCCUCAUAAAUCAACACUUCAGUGGACUUGCCAGGAAGUUUCCUGAUGUCAAAUUUAUCAAAGCCAUUUCAACAACCUGCAUACCCAAUUAUCCUGAUAGGAAUCUGCCUACAAUAUUUGUUUACCUUGAAGGUGAUAUCAAGGCUCAAUUUAUUGGACCUCUAGUGUUUGGUGGCAUGAAUCUGACAAUAGAUGAGUUGGAGUGGAAACUGUCAGAGUCUGGAGCCAUCAAGACAGACUUGGAGGAAAACCCUAAGAAACCAAUUGAAGACACUUUGCUAUCCUCAGUGCGGUGCUCCAUUCCCACAAGAAGGGACAGCGAUUCUGAGGAUGACUAAGACUGUGGCCUUGGUAAUGUGCCAGACUCCUUGAUGUGACAAAUCAUCUGGAUUUUUUUAAAAAGGAAAAAAUAGAAAUUCUUUUCAGCUUUUAAUUUUUUUACAAUUAUGUUUCAAAUCUCAUAGAUCUCAAAAAUCAUUAUUGCUGAGAAUUGUGUUACAUUUCUUAGAACUCUCUUUUUAAAUGAAUAACCUUUCCAUAAAUAAACAAAAAUCCAGCUAUUGGUAUGA